AUGCUGCGCGAUCUAUCGAGCGCAUUCGUUGUAGAAAAUCAGAUCGGCGAGGGAGUGUAUGGUAAAGUACACAGAGCUCGUGAGGACGGGACGGGACAGGUGGUUGCUCUGAAAAAGGUGAAAACUGAUUUGACAACGGAAAAAGAAGGGUUCCCAAUAACAGCGUUGCGAGAGAUUCAAAUACUCAAAGAACUCACGCACCACAACAUUGUUUCUCUGCGCGAGGUGAAGAGAUCACACACGGCCGUGUUGUUAGCUCUUGAGCAUACAGAUGCAGACAAGUCAGUUUACCUUGCAUUCGAGUACCUAGAACACGAUUUGCGCCGUAUAUGUCUGGAUGGUAGGAGCGGGCUGAUAGAGUCUGAGGCACUUCGACUCACUGAAGACUACAUCAGCUGCUACAUGAAGCAGCUUGUCAGUGGCGUGGCGCACAUGCAUUCGCUAAGUGUACUUCAUAGGGAUAUCAAGGCUAGUAAUCUUCUGAUCUCGAGCAGAGGAUACUUGAAAAUCGGAGACUGGGGCCUUGCUAGGCUGCAGGCGGACGAGGAUGGAAAGCAACACUACACAAACAGGGUCAUCACGCUCUGGUAUAGACCCCCAGAACUCCUGUUGGGCGCAACAAAGGCAGAGGAUGGCUAUGGUGCUAGUGUUGACGUCUGGUCCAUCGGAUGUAUUCUUGCUGAGCUCCUCUAUGCCAAGCCUAUUCUCCCUGGCAACACAGAGAUUGAACAACUCUUUCUUAUCUUCGAAUUGUGUGGUACUCCGACAAUUAAAGAUUGGCCUGAUGUCAUUAACCUUCCACUUUGGGAGACUUUUGCUCCAAAGGAAGACAACGAAGACUCGGCCGACGAUCGUCCUGAACGCAAGCCGUGGAAACUCCGGGAUAAAUUCAAUACCUUCGAUAAACUGGCUCUUGAUCUCGUCGAUGAGAUACUUGUCCAUGACCCCCGAAGCCGCAUCUCUGCACACGAUGCUCUCGACGGAGCCUAUCUAAAAAGCGCCAAACGACCCGAGGACCUUGCGCGCCUCGCCGUUGAUUCGGCUCACGAGUGGGAGGUCCGCAUGAAGCGCCGCCCUUGCCCAGAACUGAACGCAAGAAAUUCGACACAGCUGCGGACACAGCCUAGUUUGGCCGGAAGCCUAAAUUAGAAGCCGG